CUCCUUGCACUACACCGCCUCUCACGUCUUUUUCCGCCAUCGCAUACAAAGGGAGGAGUUUGUUUCUUCACGUACACUUCGAAUUGAAGACUCUCUCUCGCUCUAGGGUUACAGAGACUCUUCUGAUGCGAUCCUGACGACCGACGACGUCUGAAAGUGUUUAAUUGAGCUGGUUUUGUCGUUCGCGAACAGUAGAGGUGAACAAAUGGAGCACGAUGAGAUUGGAUGCCAACCUGCUCCGGAAGGUCCUAUUUUGUGCAUCAACAACUGCGGCUUCUUUGGAAGCGCGGCAACUAUGAACAUGUGUUCCAAGUGUCACAAGGACAUGGUAUUGAAACAAGAAAAUGCUAAACUUGCUGCUUCUUCAAUUGAGAAUAUUGUCAAUGGAUCCUCAUCAAGUCCCAGUGGAAAGGAGCCCGUCAUUGCUAGCACUACUGUGAAUGUUCAAGUGGUUUCUGUAGAACCAAAGUCUAUUUCUCUGUCACCAACUCAAGCCUCUGUCUCCGAAGAGAUAAGUGAGCCAAAGGGGAAAGAGGGUCCUAAAAGGUGCACCACUUGCAAUAAGCGUGUCGGCUUAACAGGGUUCAGUUGUCGAUGUGGUAACCUCUUCUGUGGGUCCCAUCGAUACUCAGACAAGCACAACUGUUCUUUUGACUACCUCAAUGCUGCACGUGAUGCUAUAGCAAAAGCCAAUCCAGUUGUCAAGGCAGAAAAGCUUGAUAAAAUCUAGAGCUGAUGGUCUGAAGUUUAUGAUAUGCUUGAAGCUAGUUCUAAAUGGUUGCAAUAUCGUAUCAAAUGUCCACUUAUGUUGCUAUGUUUCCUCAGAGGCUUGGCCGUUAGGACAUCUCUCUCUGCAGUUUGAAAGACCUAUUUAUCCCCUAAUACUGGUGGAGAUUGCUGGUUUUGGUUGGAAUAAUUAUGGUUCAAGUGGUGCUUUUUCUCAUGGUUCAUGUCAAAUUUCUAGAUUUGUAAAUCUUGUUUCUGGGUUUCUAUUAAAUAUCUCCCCGUCUAUCUCGUUGCUUGUGCUGAACAUGGAAUGGUUUGAAUGCCAUGUAUGUGUUGCGUGCGUCUAAA